AUGGAUUCUCUUCCUCCCGAAACCCUAGCUCCCACUCCUACUCCCUAUGAUGCGUUGGAUUACACCAAUAACUCUAGUAACCAGCAUCCGCCGCCUGAUUUUGGCUCAGCGCCUCCACCCCCGCCGUCCGAUUCCGACCACAAUUUUUCUCAUCAACUGCAAAUCGUAUGUCAAACGGAUCCCAAGCCAGACACAACAGAUCCGAAUCCUGAGAAUGGCGGCGUUAAGAGUGUUACUACGGAAAAGGAUAACUCUGGCGUGGACGAGGAUACAACCAGCAGGAGACGGAGGCGUAGCAGAUGGGACCCGCCUCCUACCGAUGGAGAUGCUGAUCAGAAUGGGGGUAAAAAGAGGAAGUCUCGUUGGGCGGACGACGAGCCAAAACCCGUGUUUCAGUUGCCGGAUUUCAUGAAGGAUUUUACUGGAGGUAUGGAUAUGGAUCCAGAAAUUCAGGCUUUGAAUGCAAGGCUUAUGGAAAUUAGUAGAAUUUUACAGUCUGGACAACAGUUAGAUGAUCGUCCGGAAGGUGCUAGGUCUCCUUCGCCGGACCCGAUAUAUGAUAAUAUGGGAACCAGAAUAAACACUAGGGAAUUUAGGGCGAGGGAAAGGCUUAACAGAGAGAGACAAGAGAUUAUUUCGCAGAUUAUUAAAAGAAAUCCUGCUUUUAAGCCCCCUGCUGAUUAUAGGCCUCCCAAGCUUCAGAAGAAGCUAUAUAUACCAAUGAAAGAAUACCCUGGUUAUAAUUUUAUCGGACUUAUAAUUGGGCCGAGAGGUAAUACGCAGAAGAGGAUGGAAAAGGAGACUGGAGCUAAAAUUGUUAUACGGGGGAAAGGCUCAGUGAAAGAAGGCAGGUUUGGGCAAAAACGUGAUUUGAAGUUUGAUCCUUCUGAAAACGAAGAUCUGCAUGUUUUAGUGGAAGCAGAGACACAGGAAGGGCUUGAAGCUGCAGCAGGGAUGGUGGAAAAGCUAUUGCAUCCUGUUGAUGAAGGAUUGAAUGAACAUAAAAGACAGCAGCUGCGUGAACUUGCUGCUCUGAAUGGAACAAUAAGAGACGACGAGUAUUGUAGAUUGUGUGGUGAACCUGGGCAUCGUCAAUUUGCCUGCCCCUCCCGCAUGUCAACUUUUAAGAGCGAUGUGUUGUGUAAGAUCUGUGGCGACGGAGGACACCCAACCAUUGAUUGCCCUGUGAAAGGGACUGCAGGAAAGAAAAUGGAUGAUGAGUAUCAGAAUUUCUUGGCAGAACUUGGCGGGACCCUUCCAGAAGGUGUCACCAAGCAAAGCACACCAUUGCCAAUCAUGGGUUCUUCCACUAGCAAUCCCCCAUGGGCACCCAGCACAAACGGAGGAGGAAGUAGUACAGGAACAUCUGCACAUCCGGGUCUAGGAAGCAGUGUAGCAAAACCAGGAGUCGGUUUUGGUCUUGGAAUUGGUAAAGAAAUCGAUGAUACCAAUCUGUAUAUCGGGUACCUGCCUCCGACUUUCGAAGAUGAUGCCCUGAUUCGGUUGUUUUCACCAUUUGGGGAGAUAGUAAUGGCAAAGGUGAUUAAAGACAGGGUCACUGGGCUGAGCAAGGGUUAUGGUUUUGUCAAGUAUUCUGAUAUAUCUCAGGCCAAUCAAGCCAUUGCUAGCAUGAAUGGUUAUCGUCUGGAUGGAAGAGUAAUUGCAGUAAGAGUUGCAGGAAAGCCACCCCAACCUACUGUACCCCCUGGUCCUCCUGCUCCCACUUAUCCUGGCGGGUAUCCAUCUCAGCAGAUGAGUGCGCCGCCUGGGAGUUAUAUUAGUGCCCCGGUUCCAUGGGGACCACCACCACCUCCUCCUCCUCCUUAUGCUGCUUAUGCUCCUCCUCCGCCUCCUCCUCCUCCUGGAUCGAGCAUGUAUUCGUCCUACCCAAGCCAACAACAGAUCCCCUCCUAUGGUGUUCAAUAUCCUCCUCCUCCCCCUCCUCCACCACCUCAGAGCAAGAGUACUGAGGCCCAAGCCCAACAAAGCUACCCAAAUAAUAUUAAUGCCCCUCCUGCACAGUCCCCAUCCCAGUCUAGUAAUGUUUAUGGGACAACAACAACACCACCAAACACCCAAACUGCAUAUCCUUACUCUUCUUAUUACACUCAGUCAGUAGUUGAGCAGCAAAGUUUUGCAACUGCACCCUGGUCUUUAAAUCUCUCUGCAGACCAAACUCAGCAAACUACUUAUGGCACAGACCCUGAGUAUGACAAGUUUAUGGCUGAGAUGAAAUGA